AUGGAGGACACCGAAUCGACGUCUUUGACGAGCACAAAGAAGAGCACAUUGAGCGCGAAUUGGGCCAGAAGCACAUCUUACAGUCACAUUCAUUCAUCAGAAAAUGAAACCGAUAGCCCGCUAAAGGAAAGACCGAAAGGGGUGAAAUGGAGAUGUUGUUCGUUGACGAGUCUACAAAUUCCACUCACAAUCACUUGUCUCAUUUUGAUCGCAAUUGGGGUCUUCAAUGUGUCCAGACCCACAGAAAUUCUGAAACGAUAUCAGAAAGACGGUGAUCAACCAUUGAUUAUCAUCAUCACUCCAACCUAUAAAAGAAUCACGAGAAUGGCUGAUAUGUUGAGAUGUGCUCAAACAUUGAUGCUUGUCGAUAAUGUUUUCUGGGUUGUGGUCGAAGAUGGGUUACGAUUAUCGACACAGAUUCAAUCGCUUUUGGUCAAUUCAAAUAUCCCUCAUCAUUAUAUGUUUGCAAAAACUGAAGAUGGAUGGCCAAAAAAAGGUUGGUGGCAACGAAAUGUAGCUUUGGAUUGGGUGGUGGAACGUUUUUCGAUUUAUGAAAAACAUGCUGUCAUUUAUUUUAUGGAUGAUGAUAAUGCAUACGAUCAUCGCCUCUUCGACAAGUACAUCAGGAAAGUGAAAAAUAUCGGCAUCUGGGCUGUGGGUCUUGUCGGUGACUCACUCGUCGAGGCUCCUCAUGUUGAGAAUGGAGUGAUCACGAAAUGGAAUGCUUUUUAUUAUCCGACAAGGGAAUAUGCUGUCGAUAUGGCCGGUUUUGCGAUCGGAUUGCCGUUGAUAUUGAGGACGAGAGCUCGCAUCCUCCGACAAUGCCCUGCAAAAGUCCCAGAAACAUGUCUCAUUCGACAGCUUGGAAUUCCGAAAGAAGAAGCUGAGGCAUUUGGAUGGAUGAAUGGACAAAAAGAGAUACUUGUAUGGCAUGUGAAAACCAUUGAAAGGGUUCCACGCGGCAUCAACCCUUUUGGGUAUGAUGUGGAGACAUUGAAUGCGAAAGAAUGGCAAGAACAUAGGAAUUACAGUCGACGACCGGUUAAGGUACUUCCAACGAAAGUAAACCCAAUAAAGUCAAAUGUGACAAAAACGAUAAAACCAAAACCGACAAAUCCCUCAACGACAACAAUUCAAAAAGUGAUCCCAGUGAAUGAUGUGAGGAAUUACACGGCUUUGAUUGAUGAAGUUGAAGAAAUGGAAAAGAGCAAGAAUUCCACA